GUUUUGUCAGGAGAUGGAGGUGUUUUUAAAGAAUGUUGACAACAGCAGUAGCUCUGACCCUCAUGCUCUCAGUGUCUUCAACAUUUGCCAUCAGCUAAAACUGCAUGGACAGGAAUUGGAGUCAAAUUGCAAAGAGAAUCUCGACAAGUACUUUCUACGGUUGCGUAAUGCAGCUAAACUGGAUAAGCUAGACUACAUGUCACGCCUGAGACUACUGGAGAUCAUUGAGCUAAGAGCAAUGGGAUGGAAUCCUACAGACACCGUUAAUAAUUACUACAAACGGAGGUCUGCUGAGGUCGAGGUUGAAGAGUCAGAGAAAGAGACCGCAGUUAGCAGUGCUGUUCUAAGUGAAGUUUAUGCUGGCCAGAUCACAACAGCCACAACUGUGGUGCCUGGCACCCUAAGCAGUGGUCCCCCUCCGUCACCUGGCACUGUCAGACCAUCGGGAAAAUACGCUAAGCCUUUCAAAGUACCAGGUAAAAACUACUUUAAAGAUGAAAUCCUCAUUAGAGGGAGUGACUCAGGAAAAGUGAUGGGCAUAAAGGGUCGACGAAUUCACAUGAUAGAGGAAAUGAGCGACACUGUGAUUUCAUUCCAGCGUGCAAACCAAGGAGCAAAGGAAAGGACGGUUCAAAUCACGGGACCCUCAGAAGAGUCUAUCAACCAUGCCAAAGUUUUGAUAGAGGAAACUAUAAAGAGAAAUGUGUCUCCAAUAAGGUAUGAGAGGAGUGGCAGCAUGUCUAGUCUCUGCAGUGGAGCAUCAGAGGAAGGAAGUGCUGCCAAAUUGCUGGUAAAGGGCAGCAGAAACACAUCUUCUAACAGUCUCGUCAGUGAAGUCACUCAAAACAAAGAUGCAGAAGUGGAGGUCCCCCGGCGUGUAAGUGUCACUGUGAAGGACACUACAAUCAAAAUGACCUGUGGUCGACCAGAGGUCCUUAAGGUUGCCAAGCAGCUCUUGGAGCAGUAUUUUUCUGCAGAUGGGGAGCCAAAACCACAAAGCAGCUGGAAGAUUGGGAAUAAGUCAAUAAAAGGUAAGAGUGACUCAUGGCGGGGUGCGUUCCAGUCAUCUACUAGCGACUGUGCAGAUGAAGUGUCAUCUGAGGGAACUGUGGAGGACAAGGAGGUACAUGACAUCUCAGCACCUACAGAGAGGCACACGCCCAUGAUGAAAACUAGGGUGAGUCACGAAGAGCCUCAUGCUGGGAAAGCAGUAGGAGCAGGCGAUGCCAAACACCAAGACACUGAGAAAAGGCACAACAAAUGCCCACCAGUCACGCACACAACUAAUCGCACUAGAUCUUAUACUUCCCCCGAUCUGAAUGAUGCCGUAGCCACCACUCGUCCACACAGCAUUCAUGUCAUGCCACCGAUGGCACCUCCAAGUGUAACUCAGCUACAACACCCAUUCAACAACUACAACAAGGUGCAGCAUCUACGCAGCUCUCCUGCACAGGGCAGGAAAAAUGGCUAUCCGAUGAGACCUGACAGUUGCCCCUCACUGCAGCAGCCUACACCUGGACUUGAUCUUGCGUAUGGAUAUAGUUUAGAUGGUGGUUACCCACAGGUAAUGCUUAUGAGGCAGCCUCUGUUUCCGGACAGUAGCCGGCAGGCCGUUCACAUGGCUGAGAAGGCCAACGAUUUGUCGCACACGUUUAGUGCCAGGGGGCGCCGUGCACAGUUUGCUAAGACGCUGGAGCAGAGUAGGACUACAAAGCCCACCGCACCAGUUAGCGUCACACCCGUCAGCGUUACGUUGGCUAGUGCAACGCCGAUCAGGAUUGCCCCAGUCAGCUCGAGAGCAGAAAGUGCAAUACAAGCCACUGGCAGAGUUUCUAUGCAAACGGCAGCCAAAGGUAGUAAAGCCACAGCUGCUAAACCCGUACAAGAUGCCAACACACUUCAGGAGGGAUCUGCUGCCGUAGCAAACAACAGGGUCGUGUACACACGGGACUUUCUGCUAGCCUGCUCUGAGUCACCAUUCUGUCGUGUGACCCCACGCGCACUGCCGCGUCUCUCUAAUGACGUUCCCGACAUCGUCAAGAAGACAAUCGAUAGCUUCAACCCGGCCGCAUACAGGAAGCAGUUGGCCCAGAGGACCCAGCUUGCCACUAGCAUUCCAUCUAUCGCAGAAGACCAUCGCAAGUCCUGCCUCUUCUAGGCACGCGUGACAGCGGAUGUAAUUCAAGGCAACAGAGCUUGAUGACAGAAUAUAUAUAUAUAUAUAUGUAUAUACAUGAUAUAUAUAUAUGUGUGUAUAUAAAUAUAUAUAUAAUUUCAGUUAAUGUGAUUGUGCCUAUAAGCUGGUUUUUCUGUGAACAUGGUUAUAAGUAGUCUUGUAUCUACUAUCAGUAAAUGAAACAUAACAUGAGUCGAAAACUGUUACUAUGGUCGCUACAAAGCAUACUACAAAAAGGUCUCAAUUUAAGUAAGAGAGAUUACUACAUAAUAUAGCAGGUAGGCUUGUAUAUUUAGUUAACCUUAGUUAUUUCUAACAUAUUAUCUCUUUUUGUAUAGUUUUACCUGUUCUAACUUGAUUAUUUGCCCAGUGAUGUCAUGCAUAAGAAUGUUAUACUUAUCGUAUAUUAUUGUGUUAGGAAGUCAGCACUGUAUCCUGCUGCUUGUAUAUUUGUAUGCAAUUGUCAGUGUGAAUAUUGGGUUGGAUUUUUGGAAUUUUUGAAGUUUUAUCAGCUUGGGUAUUGCAUAGAUGCUAGGUGUUUUAUUAGCAAUGGUACAUAUUUAAAGGAACAGCUUGGUAGCUUUUUCAGAAGUUAGUCCAUGUGGCUUGUGAGGAGGUUAGUAAGAACUGCAAUCCAAGUCAUUUAGUGUGAGAAGACAUACAUUUAAAUGAACAACAUAUCUAUUUAAUAUGCAGUUUUACUUGUAAACGAUUUAUAAACGAUUUCCUUGAGUUUCUUGUAUGAGUAACAGUAUGAGUUUUGUUUCAAGUUGUACUGUUGUAUGCGGCAUACAUUAAACAGGAGAAUAUUA